AGUUUGGUGAGCAUAGGAACUUCUUUUCUGGAAAUCGGGGACCGAAAAUAUCGACGGACGAAAGCGGAAAAAACGAAUUUACUGUGUUGCUAUCGCUAUCCGAAACACAAGAUGUUAGCACUCGCAGAUAUUAUCAGCAAAAAUCAUUCAUAUAUGUUGUAUUAAUGCCACGCAACAUCUGAUAAUUCGAUAACACGAUUUUGUCUGAAUAUCUGGCCAAACUGUUUGCCAACCAUAUUAUGAUCUAAAUCAUGUGGGGAGAGAUCGACCCUGAUGUUGUUCAUAAUACCGCAACUCCUGCCUGCGGACCAGAACCUGACUCGGAGAGACCGAGACUCGAAUCUAGCCGCUCUGACACCGCUAGCUAUGAACAUACGGAACAUCAGAUAGUGCAGAAUCAGGGUGCCCCUGGCGGUGUGUAUGCCAUGGUGGACGCGAUAGCGCAGAGUGGGAGUCCAGUGAAGAGCCAACAGAUAGGAGACGCGGAGCUCACCGUUGAGCAACGGAGGGACGAGCUGCUGCAUCAGUACAGGACCAGACCCCUGGUGUUUCUGGAGCGCUACCAGGCCCACAUCAAGCCACAACACCUGGACGCCUUCUCCCAUCUCAGCGCGGACCCUCGGGCUCAGCACUACUGCAGAGAGGUGCAGCGACGUGCCGCCGGCCGCACCGACAAAACCAGGCUCCGUAACCAGCGCUACGCUGCCCUCAGGGCGCUGCAGAGAGAGGGCCAGUACUUCAGUGAAGAGCAGAUGCGUGUCCGAGAGCCUCUGCUGUAUGAGCAGUACAUCGGCCAAUACCUGAGCGACGAGGAACUACUGGAGCGCUCCCAGGAAGCCAUGCAGGGAGGGGCCGGGCUGGGGGGGCCGGGAGGGGGCCCAGGGGGGCUUGCUGACCUCCUCCUCAACUCCUACCAGGAGAAACUGAUCCAGAACAGACUACAGGAGGAGCAGGACCAGGAGGAAGGAGCACAGGAGGAGGAGGAGGAGGAGGAGGGCCGUGGGGGCGAGCCCACCCAGCAGGAGAAGGCUCUGCUCCGGGAUGAGUUCAUCAGUCAGAUGCACCAGCGCUUCCUGGAUGGCAAGGACAAGGACUUCAACUACAGUGAGGUGGAUGAAAACCCUGACUAUGACAACCUGGACAUUGUGAGCAGAGAUGCAGAAGAGAAGUACUUUGAUGAUGAUGAUGAUGAUGAAGAGGAGGAGGAGGAGGAAGAGAUGACGCUAUAGAUAUGUUAUUAAACAUGUUUAAUUGUGUAAUAAUUACUGAAACCUUUCUAUAUUUUUUCACAUUCAAAUGUAAAGACUGCUCCAUAUGUCAUGCAACAGCAAUUUUAGCUGAUCACUUAAGGUAUAUAUAAAAAAACCUUAAAAGAUUCAUAUGAGGCAAAAGUACAGAAUGUGACCUGGUAUUUGUUUGUUACUGUACUUGUAUGUUUGAUCAGUUUCACUCAUACUUCUUAGUGCUGUAUUAGAUAUGGAGUUCUUUAGCUUCUUCUGGUUGAUUUUCCUAAAGGAAAAGUGGUCCUUUAUCUGGCUGAAUGACAGGUCAUGUGAUAAUGGUAAUGGUUACCAUGGUAGUGUACACUCCACCACCAGGACUUCACUUCAUCUUCAUAACAUGGUAACACCAAGGUUUGGAAGGCCAAUGGGAGAAGUAUCAAGCACUGGCAUCACUCACCUGACUGAAUUUCGAUGCUCUUUGUCUACCUUAAAAUAAAUAAAAGAUAUGGGCA